UCCGCAAGGCAUUCUCUGGCUGACUGUCAAGGAGGACUGCCAGCAAAGGUCAGGCCACCACACAGAGCAUCCUUCAGGUAUUCUUUCAGUCAGCAGGAUGAAGUUUGAAAGUGUCCUGGCGGAGACUGAUGGCUUUGGCAAGCAUCAAAUUCUGAUCAUCGCUCUGCUGUUCAUACCCCGGAUCAUACUUCCCUGCCACUUCCUCCUGCAUAACUUCAUCGCCGCCGAGCCGGCGCACCACUGUGACAUCAGCGGUCUGGACGAUGGGGGCGUAUUUGAGAAUCUGACCCAGGAUCAGAUGCUGAAAGUCAGCAUCCCGGCAGAGGAAGAUGGGACCCUGAGUUCCUGCAAGAUGUUUUCAGAACCUCAGCUCCAUCUCCUGCACAACUCCUCAAGCCCUGCUGACGCGUCUGUAGUACCGUGUCAGAAUGGAUGGGUGUAUGACACCAGCACCUUCGCUUCAACUUUGGCAACUGAGUGGGACCUGAUCUGUGACAGGAAAGGCAUGAACAGAGCCACAGCCACCAUCUUCUUUAUUGGGGUGAUGAUCGGAGCAGUGGUAUUCGGCAUUCUGUGUGACAAAUAUGGCAGGAAAAGCAUGCUGCUGGUGUCCUAUCUAUUGGCAAUAGCGUUUGGAUUGGCAAGCCCUUUUUCAAACUCCUACAUAAUGUUUGCAGUCAUGAGAUUUUUCACAGGAUUUGGACUCACAGGGAUUAGUAUCAUUUCAAUUGUCCUCAGCAUUGAGUGGGUUGACGUUGACCACAGGGCAUUUAUUGGCGUGAUUGGCAGUAUGGCAUGGACUGUUGGCAACAUGCUGCUGGCGGGUGUGGCCUAUCUGGUAAAUGGCUGGAGAAUGCUGAUUGUCGCAGUCACCACCCCUCUUAUUUUGGCCGUCAUCACUUGGUGGUGGAUUCCAGAGUCUGCCAGGUGGUUGAUUGCCAAUGGAAAGGCAGAGAAAGCUUACACAUUCUUGGAGAAGUGUGCUAAGUUCAACGGGAAGAAAGAGUUUUCAUCUAAAUUCAAGCCGCAGACACUUUCUGAAGUUGUGACAGUUGCAGAUGAAAACAAGAACUACAGCUACUUGGAUCUGGUGCGGACUCCCAAGAUGAGGAAACUGACUGUUAUCACAGGGAUCGUGUGGUAUGGAGUUGCUUCAACUUACUAUGGAAUCAGCUUGAAUAUCACAGGAUUUGGUCUGAAUACCCAUCUAACCCACUUCAUCUACGGUGCAAUUGAGGUCCCCGCAAAACUACUCAUCUAUCUCAGUCUGAACAAAAUUGGACGAAAGAAAAGCCAAGCAGGCACGCUCAUUCUAACAGGAGUUUGCGUUGCAAUCAACAUCUUUCUUCCCAAAGACAUGUGGUACAUUCGCACUAUUGUUGCUGUACUGGGAAAAGGCCUGUCUGAGGCUUCCUUCACCUGUGUCUUUCUGUACACAACAGAACUCUACCCCACUGUUGUUAGGCAAAAUGGUGUUGGGUACACAAGCUUCGUGGCUCGCCUGGGUGUGUCCAUUGCUCCUCUGAUCAUGCAAUUGGAGGAUGUGUGGAAGCUCCUCCCUCAAGUCAUUAUUUGCUCAGUGUCCAUUUCCUCUGGACUAUUGGCGUUGCUGCUCCCAGAAACUCACAAGAUGCGUCUGCCAGAGACUAUUGAGGACAUCGAAGAAGCAAGAAAAAAGUCUGUGGAUGUGGCACUCCAAGAAAAAAGUGACAUGCCUCUCAAUGCCAGUGACGAGCCUGAAAAUGGAGUCUAA